UGUGGAUUGAAUGUUGUCCCCAUGAUACUGCCUGGCACCCAGCACGGUAUUCUUCAAGCCAACUCGACCGUCCCCUAGAGAAUGUCUGCCUGUGUUCGAUGACCUCCGCUCAAGAUUGCUGACCACAAGCGUUCCCCUUCCUUCUGGAGGCCUACGGUACUCCCUCGACACUCUUUCAACUUUUCCACCCCAACCCGUCCACCGUCAAGUCCGCAUGUCUCAUCCUCCAUCUCACCUCUUGACGCAAAACGAUCGCUCUCCGCAGAGCUUCCGAGAUUGAGGAUGGCGUUCAGCUUCGCAAGUGCCGCAUCUGGGGCGUCGGGUUUUGGUACAAACACUACCAGCGGAACCACUGUCAAAGAUGGGCCGGAGCUACAAGAAAUACAAACCGACGAACUUGGAUUCGCGGCUCUCAAUGGCGAAACCAAAGUACGGCUACUCCCUACCCCAUGGCCAUCAGACGCUCUGCCGCCUCCCUCAUCCUCUCUCCUCAGUAUUGCCUCCGCCAAGGGACUUCUAGCGGCCGCUGGACCUGAUGCUUUGUAUCUCACCACAACGGACAAAGUUAGGGACGCAUUCCAGUCUUCUCCAGAGAUUGGAACCAUCAGAUUGCUUAAACCAGAAAUCAAGAUUCCUCAGCCGCGACUAUCACACGUUGCCUUCUCAUCCGACGAGAGUGUGUUAGUGGUCGCCAGCGAAAGAGACGGAGGUUUGGCAGCCUUCCAGGUUGACCGCAUCAUAAAGGGAGAACUCGGCCCCGCAGUACAGCUCUCCACGAAUGGUCAAGGCCUGCGCGCAUUGGUGCCAAAUCCUGUCCCGGAACAUGCUGAGCUCUUUGCUCUCAUUACGGUAAAUGGCGACCUAAUGCUGCUGGACUUGAAGGCUGGAAGUAUGAUGUUGGGAAGCAACGGACCAGUUCUGAAAGAUGGCGCUAGCUGUCUGUCUUGGAGUAACAGAGGCAAACAAUUGGUCGCUGGUAUGGCAGAUGGCACAGCUGUACAAAUGAAACCGGACGGGACUGUGGUGGCACAAAUUCCAAAGUCCACAUCCAUCUCGUCGGAUGUACACGUCUCCGGCAUUUCGUGGCUCGAAAAUGACACUUUUCUAAUCAUCUACACACCGAACGACACAAGCGAUGGUAUUCUACCGUCUGAAUACUAUAUCGUAAAUCGAGAACCCAAGACCACCAAUUACACGUUCCAGAAGCUGCCAGAGGUGCUUGCACCUUUUGGUCUUGAACGACUGCCAUCUACACAUUUCAUAGCGAGACUUCGGAAUUUUCCUCCUCAUCUCCAAGACCUGCUGAUUAUAUCGGCCAGCACAGCUAGCGACGUGGGCCUCUUGUCCAAGUCGGACAAGGCACUCUCUCAACAAGAUCCAGUAAUUUCCGCUUUCACGUUCACCACUAUCGAGGACGACACGCGCCGCGCACAGCUCCCGCUGUCUGAGACCAUGCAAGAUACCUCUCCAAUUGGCAUGGCCCUGGAUCUGUCCAGCACCGAAAAGGUUCCAAAUCCUAUCCCAUCUGAUGCGGAAAUCCUUGAAACUGGAGGACCCGUACCUAGCUUGGUAAUCUUGAACAAUGAGGGCCUGCUGGUGUCAUGGUGGAUUAUCUACAAUGAUUCCGUCCGCCAGCAGACCGCCUUUUCGGGGUUUGCAAACGUGGAAGCGGCUAGAGGCUCUUCAGGCAAGCCCACUUCUACUGCGUCAUCAGGACCUAGCCCAUCAACAGGCACUUUCGGGCAGCUAAACAAUGCCAGUCCGCUCGCGAAGCCUACCGCGACUUUUGGUGCACCCGCCACUCAGGCUGGGUUUGGAGCUCUGACAGCAAAACCCCUUGGUACCUCAUCACCAAUUGCCUCUGACAAGCCCUCUUGGGCCACUACCGGGUUUGCUGGGCCUGGUGGCUCUGACACUUUUGGAGCGGCUACCAGCAAGCCAGCGUUUGGUGCAGCCACUGCAUUUGGAUCAGCGAGUGCACUGGGCUCUCGACAACCACCUUUUGGUCAAUCCUCUAAUAUCGGCGGUGGUUCCACCUUCGGAGCUUCUUCACUUUCCAGUCCUUUCGCCAGCGCCGGCGGUGCGUCGGGCGGCUCAGGUUUCGCCUCAUUCUCUAAAGGAGGUGGCUUUGGCUCAUUCGCAAGCGGACGCACUGACCAAGGAACACAAAGUCCAUUUGCAGCAGCUGCUGGAAAAAGUACAUUUGGGGAGCCAUCUACAAGUGCGUUCGGCACAAAUAAGCCCGCUGCACCCUCCUUUGGAGGAGCCAAACCUGUGGAAGGCCAAGGUUCGUUCGGCAAUGCUGGUGCAUUUAAAUUACAGUCAACGUUCCAGGGCGAUGGAAGCGCAAAAGAUGACCUCCUCAAACCCAAAGAACCCAGCGGAUUUGGCUUCGGAACAUCUUUCGGCGACAUGCUGAGCGGAUCCAAGAGUGCUCUUUCACCAACACACGAUAAAGAGGCCGAGAUGGAGGAGGAGAGUGCGGCGAGCGAGGCUGAAUCGGAGGGAAAGGAAGCCAGAGGUUUCGUCGCGCCUGCAACUUUCAAUCCUCCCCAAACACUGGUAACGCCACCCUCUACGCUGACCCAGUCGAAAGCUACGCCUGCUCCACCCGUGUCCAGCUUGUUCGGUCAACCAUCACACCAGACUACAACUCCACAACCUCAAACGACCACGCCAGGCUGGUCGUUUGGAGCCCUACCCUCUACGACACCAAAGGAAACUCCCGCACCUCACAUGACCCUGUUUGGCACUAAGACAGCCACAACCGCUACUCCUGCCGCUGUCCAGAAAAGCGAACCAGUGAAUACUUUUGCAAAGAUUGAAGAUGGCCCCAAGAUCAAAGAGGAGCCACCUAGCGACGAAGAGUCGAUUGACUUAGCGAACGUUCCCGAGGCACCUCUUCCGCCAGACACUGUGAGCAAACCACGAUAUGCUUCUGGAGAUACUUCAGGCUCUUCAAAUCGCUCGAAAGGCUCCCCAGAAGAGGCUCCGUUACCUCCAGACUUCCUCCCCGUGGCGAAAGCCGCCCACAAUGACGAAGAGCAGCCAGAAUUGCCGAGUGAAGGAGAGGAGGAGGAUGAGGACUUCAGCUCCGACUUUGAGGGUAGCGGUGAGGAAGUCACAGGUGAGGUCGGUUCAGAAGAUGAGACGACGGAAGAGCAGCACGAGCAGUUGCAAACUUCACCAGAAAGCUCGUUCAAGAGCGGCGGAAGAAGUACUGAGACGAGCCCCACUGGGGGUCUUUUCACCAAGGUGUCUUCGAAAGUCGUGGCACAGAAGCCCGCUCGACCACUAUUCGGCGAGGUCGGCUCUGGACCGGUCUUUGCUCCUCCCAAACCACAAGAGAGCCCUCGUUCACCGAGCCCGGUGCGGCAUCUUCUACCUACCGAGAAGCUGAGAGUAGAGUCAGCCAGAUCUGUGAGCGCGCCUGCACAUCCCAGAUCUAUUGUAGACCAACGAAAAGCCGAAUACCAAAAAUCUGCGCUUGCUGCUCAAGCUGCCAAGACAAGAGAAGAGGAAGCAGCCAAAGAGAAAGCCCGGCGCGAGGCUGUCGCCCGCCAGAAGGCGCAGGAAGAGGCCGAGCAACUCCAACCCCUUCAGGAUGAUGAAGAUGAGAGAUUACGACAGGAGCUCGCUAGACCUGUUUCUCCAUCGGCGAAUCUGGACGACUUCAUUACCUAUCAACCAAAGCCUCCAGAAGAAACCACAAAAACGGGUAUACCUGCACAGAUUGAACGGUUGUACUCGGACAUCAAUUCCAUGGUCUUCACCCUGGGUAUCAACUGCCGAUCACUAUCUGCUUUCAUGAAAUACCAGCAACCAGAAGCCACGAACAAAUCUUGGCCGUCAGUUCUGCAGUCGGAAACGCCUAUGGAUGCUCUCAACGACGAGUGGUUCCUGACCGACAUUACGCGACUUCACGAAGGACAAGCAGUUCUGUCAGAUCUUCUUGCUGACAGCCAAAUCGAUCAUUUUGGUGGAAAGGUCCAGCAGUGUCAGGCUCUGAUUGGGCGCGAUCUGUUUGAGUUAAGAACCAAGCUCACUUCUGUACGCAAAACCAUCCACGCUCUAUCCUCGUCCGAGAGUGGAAUUGCCGCGCCUCUAUCUGCCGAACAAGCUUCUAUCCAGCAUGACCUCCGCAGAGCAUUCACUUCGGUGCAGACCAAGCUCGUCCAGGUGGAAGAAUGCAUCUCAGUUCUGCGUGCGAAGCUCGCCCAAUCUAGGCCCACCGACACGAUCGGCAGGCGAAGUAGCAUUGUGGGCAAAGCGGUGUCGCAGAAGAAGCCAACAGUCGAAGCUGUGACAAAGACAGUCAGCAAAAUGAUGUCGAUGGCGGAGCAGAAGAGUGCAGACAUUGAUUUUCUCGAGGCUCAGCUCAAGAAUUUGGAUCUUUCGUUGGCGUCUUCAAUGAUCAGCAACGGCGAGGCGGUCAAGAGCCCCAGUACUCCAGUACAUGGUAGUCGAUCGGCGAAUGGCACCACCCCAGGAAGUGCAGGGAGCAUCUACCAUACCCCCGAUUCCAAGUUUGGCAGCAGUACCCGUUCGAGCAAGAGCUUUAGAGCUAGUCAGAAUGGUGGUCUUUCAUUAAUAUCAGCAGAGGACAGAGAACGAUGUCGGGCGCAAGCACAUCGUCGCAAGGAAGCCGCAACUAUGUUAAAGACUGUUUUGGAGGAGAAGCGAAAAACAGCAGGAGCGAAGAGAUGAGGCAGCUGACUCCAGUGUUUGGGCACAUUGGAAUCUGGCUCAACAGCGAUACCACAGAUUUGGAAUGAAAAGCGGUCUGCAGUGUCUUUCUUGUCUAAAUAGCAGGAUCAAUGUUUAAUGAAGGCCACUUAGGCACACUAGGCUUCGCAAACAUACCUAUCUGGAAAUGCUACCAUGAUGCAAGCUCACC